AGGUUUUACAAAAGGUCUGUAUUUUUCCACUUUCAGGCACAAACUGGGUAAGUCAGAUCCUAAAUGAUCUGAUAGCAAUACAUCAAAAGAAAAUGCAGAAUAACGAAAGCAGUGUGAAUGAUGAAGAACUAGGCGUCCCCUACCUUGAAGUUGGAGAUACUGGGAAAUAUGAGCGAAUGAAUAAAUUACCUUCUCCAAGAUUUGUAGUUACUUAUCUCCGUCCUGAAAAUCUUCCCAAAUCUGUCUUCAAAAAUAAAGCGAAGAUAUUGUUGCUGAUUCGCAAUCCAAAAGAUGUAGCUACAUCUUUUUACCAUUUUACCAGUGGUGUAUCUACUCUUCCCUCGUAUGAUACCUGGGAUGAUUUCUUCAUAGCUUUCAUGAACCAGUGGUGUAUCUACUCUUCCCUC